AUGGCGCCCGCCACUGCGACUACGACUGCGACACCGGCUGGGGAGCGGCGGCAAUGCUGGGAGUGUCGACGCCGCCGCCUUGUCUGCGACUCUGCACGACCGGCCUGCAACAAGUGCCGUGCAGCCGGGACCGAAUGUCCUGGAUACAGUGGGAACAAACCGCUCAAGUGGAUUACUCCGGGCAAGGUUAAAUCCCGAAAUCGGGGAACACCGUCGAGCACGGCUAAGGCUCGUGUUGCGGCGCCAGAUGCGGCUCCUUCUCCUUCGUCCUCUAGCUGUUCCUCUCGUUCAUCGUCUGCUACCGUUCUGACGGCGCAGUACAAUCCUAAUACCAAUUCCCAUUUUCAUGAUAAUAACAACGUCCCCGUCUCCGGUCCGGCCGCCCCUGUCAUGGCCGAGCCUACGGGACCAGCUGCGGCGGCCGCUAGUCGGGCCAGCUUUGAUAGCAGCGGCUCCGGUACGACGUGGAGUCCGAGAACCGACAGUCUGGAUGAGCCAAUCGGGAGUCCGACUGACUUGUUAUUUGGAGGUCCAAGCACGGGGAUCUUCCAGCAGGCGCAAACGGGUAAUCUUGUGGACCCGAUGCUCUUUAUCAAAGACCUGGGAGCGGAAGCCCGCGCCUUCGUCAAUAUUGUUCUGUAUUUCAAUACCUGCGUGUACCCCGACGUGGCGGCGAUGCAUGACCUGCCGCCCAACCCGUAUCUCGAUCAGUUCCCGAUGGUGGCGCUCCACCAAAUGCCAUUGUCCGUCUGCCACACCAUCGCCUAUUUGGUCCUGGGCCACCGGCUGCAACGGUGUGGCUCAAGCGACGCAGACGAUGUCCUGACUCGGGAGCGUUCACGACUCUAUCAUCAUCGCGGCGAAGCUAUGCGAUGCCUCAGCGAGGAUAUCGCCAGCGCCACGACGCAGUGCAACGACGCCACCAUUCUCAGCGUAUUGAUGUUCUUAUUCGCAGAUGUGCGCCAGUUCGCAGCUCCAUACUGGCGGUAUCAUCUCACCGGUGCCACGCAGCUAAUCCUUCUACGAGGCGGCCUGCGAAAGCUCAUGCGGUCGUCAAUGGCCCUUCGACCCUCGCUGCUUUAUUUCAUGAUCAUCGGAGUUAUGGGCAACACUACCAGUCCCGCAACUAAUCAAAUCCCCGCCACGUCCAGCCUUGAUCUCAUCGAUCUAAUGGCCGAGUCCUACGGCGAAGGUCUAUCACCCUCGCUUUGCUGCCCGCCUACUCUGAUGCUUGAUAUCAUUCGCAUCAAUCACCUGCGGCUCGAAGGCUCCUCCAACCCCGCCGACGAAUUCAUCCAUCUCAGCGCCACCACCCUCCUCGAACAGAUCCAGGCCUUCUCGCCUGAGCAAUGGGUGGUCACUAGCAAAUUUCCACGCGAGGAAUGGAGUCUGCUCGGUCGCAUCUACCAAUCCGCCAUCCUAAUUUAUUGUAUCUCCUCGCUACAAAGCGUGGGAGUGUUGCCCUACGCCGCCGAUCUUGUCUCCAUGCGCGCCGCCCACGGCAGUCGUCUCUGCCUUCUGCUGCGGAAGACCCUGUCCUCCCAAAUGGCGCGGAAAUGCAUAACUUGGCCACUUUUAGUUGCCGGUGUACAAGCGAAAAGCAGCAGCCCCGAUAUGCGUACCUUCGUGGAGACUUCUUUGACCGAGAUAGGUCGUGACCUCGCAACACCGAUCCCUGGGGCUGCCCGGGACAUUCUUGAGGCGUUCUGGGAGUCCGGAAGUGACGAUUGGGAUGCGUGUUUCAACCAGCCAUAUGCGUUUCUAUCAUAA